AAUGGCACUAAACGUGAAUAUUCCGUCGACGAAUGGUCUUCACGUCGAGUUUACUGCCGGCUGGAAGUGCUUGAAGUUCUACGGCUGCAACUGGUGGAAACCGGCCACUGGAGUCUAUUGGGCACGUCUUCCUGAAAACGCUUUCGCCGCGUUCCAUGAGUCCACAACAUGCUACGCUGGGGGAAAACCCAAAACUCGUGUCUACUACACAAAACAGGGAGAUAUCUGGGGUAGUCAUGCGUUUGAGACACCAAUGGCAAUCCGGUCCAUGAUGAUCGGGUUUAACAAAAACUACACGCGCAGACCUAGGAUUAUCUACUAUGAUCCUCAUUGCCGUCUUAUCGACACCGAUUACGAAAAUUCAACAUAUGAUGGAGCUACCAACAAUGAAGACGUUGAGAUGGCUGCGAACUCAUCGGGUCUGUGGAGUGACGACGAUACCACUAACGGAGGUCUGUCGUCGAACUGGACUACCCGUCUUCCAGAGUGA